UCUCUUUUGGGGGCGACAAGUCAACUGCGAUCUCUCUGUUACUCCCCUCCGUCCGUCAUUUGGUUUCUGUUUGAAAUUUCAAGAGGGAAAUCUCGACAAAGGAGAAUGGGAAGACCUCCAAACGUCGGACCUGGACCAUCCUUCCGAUUUACAGCCAACGAGGUAGCGGAGAUGGAGGCUUGUUUCCAAAAAGCUAAUUUUGUAGUACCAAGCAUGGAAGUUAUUUGCUCUAUUGCCGAGAAGUUUUGUGCAUCAGCAGAGCGAUCAGGAAAGAUGAUUGUGCAGCAGAAGCAGGUGCUGAAUUGGUUCCAAAACAGGAAACAUGCACAAAAAACAAAAACAAUGAAGCCUCAUGAGAACUUGAGCGAUUCAGUCUCACUAAGGAACGUGCCUCAUAUGAUGCCUGUUCCUUCAGGAAGAAGUACUUCAGAUAGUAAUGUUUUAAUGGAGUUUGAAGGCAGAUCAUCUAGGGAUGGUGCAUGGUAUGAUGUGGCAACUUUUAUCUCUCAUAGGAUGUUUGAAACAGGUGAUCCGGAAGUUCGAGUCCGAUUUGGAGGAUUUGGGGCAGAAGAUGAUGAGUGGAUUAAUGUGCGCCAGCAUGUGAGACAACGAUCUCUCCCAUGUGAAGCAUCGGAAUGUGUUGCAGUGCUUGCUGGAGAUCUGAUACUUUGCUUUCAGGAAGGUAAAGAUCAGGCUCUCUACUAUGAUGCACAUGUUCUUGAUGCGCAAAGACGGAGACAUGAUGCACGAGGAUGUCGAUGUAGGUUUCUUGUGCGUUAUGAUCAUGAUCAGGCUGAGGAGAUUGUGCCAUUGAGGAAGGUGUGCCGCCGACCAGAAACUAAUUACAGAUUGAGAUUACUCCAUAGCUCAAGGGAGUCUGUGGGAGUGGACCCAAAGAGGGAAGUUGGGGACAUAAAAGUUGAAACAGGUAUUAAUAACAGCAGUGGAAAUCUCCGUAACCAAACGACUUGAGCUGUAACGGCGCAGCGACCACCAUUUACCAAUUUCUAGCAACAGUGAGAAUGAUAAAACGGAAUUGGCCACCAUUAGUGCAACAUGGUUACCACUUCUGGCGAUGGCGAUAAUGGUAAAAUGGGGGUAGAAGAAUGUAUAAAGAUGUGAUUUUCUGGUUACACUAUUGUUAGGUAAAGUAAUCUUUUCAGGAGAAGUUAUACUGCAUUUGAAAUGGUGUUAUUAUGUGUGUAGAAUUUUUUUUAUUCUCACCCAAAGUUAACAUUGACCAAAAUGCUUGUAUAUUUCAUUAUUGAUGGUCUGACCUGUAGCCAAACCGGCUAUGCUGGUCUAGGUCAGCAUUCAGAGUUCA